GCUCGUUUCCUGCGUCACUUGCAAUUUUCCCGCAACAAACAAGGAGAAGUCAGCGAGAGCCACCCCAGAACUUUUUAAAGCUAAAAUGCCUAAACGAGCGUGUCCUUUUCAACAAACAUUUUCCUCCCAGUACAAAAUACACAUCGGACAGCAGGAGCUGAAUAAUUACGGCGUUUGUGGUGACAAAUAUAAGCGAGAAAUCCACGAAAAGACUAAGAACUUGCUCUUUAAUGGGGCCAAGGCAGUGAUGGGAAAAGUCUGGCCUGGGGAGGAGAGGAUUAAUGACCCGCAGCCCACAGGACAAGUAGAAACACCUGCAUACAGCCAGGCGUUACUAAGAGGACAGACACUGAUUGGACACGAUGGGAGACUGACCAGAGGGAAUGCUGCUCAAGGUGCAGCAGUGACUACCACAGGCUGCGGUGUGUGUCACAAGAACCAGGGCUCUAUGACGCCAUGCUCCCAAUGUGAGCGUCUAAGCUGCUCCUCCUGCACCCGACAGUGCUCCAGCUGCUCCAACCUCUGCUGCUCUGUCUGCACCAUCAUAGAUUACAGCGGAAGAUAUGAUGAAGUUAUAUGCUGCAGCUGCUCGACAUAGAGAGACUGAAGAAGGAUCGGGAGUUUGUUUGAACAAAUAUAUAUAUAUCGUCUCACAUGAGAUAACUAAGACUGCAUUUUAUUGUGACAUGUUUUAUGUAAUCUACAUCUUUCCUUGUAUAUAUGUACUGCAUUAUCUAACUGAAAUAAACUUGAACACUUUUAUACACAAUGAA